AUGGCUAUGGCUGCUCCUUCAGCAGCAGCUGUAACGGACCCAGGACUCUGGGAAAUCUUCGGGGCCGGGGAAGGGCCGAGUCCCGCACAGUCUGCGGCUCCGCGAAAGUCCGGGGGCUGGUGCGGGCUCCCCGACGGUGCAGAAGCUGGACCAGCAGCCGCCGCAGCCGCAGCUGAGGAGGGAAUCCCGGGGCCCGAGCGCGCGCUCACUUGGCUCUGCUCGGAGCACCACAACCGGACGGUCGAGCUGUUCUGCAGCCGCUGCAGACGCUGCGUGUGCGCCCUAUGUCCGCUUCUGGGUUCGCACCGCGGCCACCCAGUGCGUUUAGUCCACGAGGAAGUGGCCUUCAAGCAGAAAGACAUCGAAAAGUGCUUGAAGCAGCUAGCCUUGAAGAAGAAACAGGAAGAUGGCAACAUCAUCAAAGUCAACAAGGCUGCUGAUGAUCUGAAGGAACAUUCUGAGGCUACUAAAACCUGGAUAACAGGGAAAUUUACUGAACUCCGGUUAUUACUUGAUGAAGAGGAAGUGACUGCAAAUAAAUUCAUUGACAGAAACACCCAACAGGCAUUUAGAACAUAUGACGAGCAAGUGGAAUUGUGUCAAGAACGAAUUAACAGCAUAAACAACCUUUCCAGGAAGAUACAAAGAAUACACCAACAGCACGAUCCUAUUCAGUUGCUACAGGAUUAUACAGCAUCAGAAAAGGAAAUGAUGCAGCAAAUGAUUCCUGCAGAAUUAUGUCAUCCAAUUCCUGUCACGUUUGAGCAUGUGAAGACCUAUUAUAGGAACUUAGCAACAGCCGUUUUUACCACUCUGAAGAUGCCAUUAGAAGUCCGCCUUAAAGAAGAUACCUGCAGCCAGCUUUCUGUAUCUUCCAAGUCAAAACCUGGUACAAUGCUAAAAACAACAUCUACACCUGAGCGUUCGCUCUUCUUAAAAUAUGCCAGAAUCCCAACCCUGGAACCAGAUACUAUGCAUCCCCGGCUACGAUUGUCUGAUGACCGGUUGACAGUGACCUGUGUUUUGAUGAGCAAGAUUCAAUUAUGUAAUCCCCAGAGGUUUGAUAAACUGUGGCAGGUGCUGAGCCGGGACUCUUUCUUUUCUGGGAGUCAUUAUUGGGAGGUAGAUUUACUCAAGGCUGGGAUAGGAUGGUGGAUAGGGGUGGCGUAUUCUUCUAUGGAACGCAAAGGAAAUUCUGAAGCUAGUCGUUUAGGGUUUAAUCGAGAGUCUUGGUGUUUAAAAAGAUUUGAUCUGGAAUACUGGGCAUUUCAUAAUGGAGAAAGGACACGCAUAACAAUAGAUCAUGAUCCUGAAAGGAUUGGAGUUUUUCUAGACUAUGAGGCUGGAAUUCUCUCUUUUUAUGACAUAACAUGUGGCAUGACACAUAUGCAUACAUUUCAUUCAAGGUUCCAAGAACCACUUUAUCCAGCACUGAGGCUAUGGGAAGGAUCAGUAACCAUCCGUAAAUUGCCAUAGGGCCCUCACUAAUCCCAGGAGAUGAUUGGCCCCCAUGUAAGUGAUGAAGGGCACAGGAAGAACUCUCUUUGCAGACAUAUACCUGGUACUGUGAUGAUAAUAAUAAUGAACAACAUUUGUAUGACACUUUAAAGUUUGCAAAGUGAUGAUAAAUCUAUAUAUAAAUUAUUUCAUUUGAACCUCACAAUAACCCCAUGAGGUAGGUACUCUGCAUAUCAUUACCCCAUUUUACAGAUGAGGAAAUUGAGACCCAGUGACUUCCUUGUGGUCACACGGUUAAAGUAAGAGAGGAGAAAUUUGAAGUCUCGUCUUCCCAACUCCAAGUUCAGCACUUUAUCCCCUGUGCUUUCCUGAGAGUAGGAACCUUAAACCCACUGGCUGUUUUUCAGCCCCCUACCACCCCUUAUCCUUUUGUCUAAUCAAACAUAUAAUCAGAUAAACAAGUCUCUGAAGAAAAACAAAGAUUUGAAUACUGUUGGCAUAAAUAGAUUCUGUGAUAUGUUUAAAGCUAACAUGAAGUUUGAAGCCAUUGCUUUAGGCAACCAGGUUGUAAUGGCAUAUGGGUAUGUCAAGUGGAGUAGUAAUUCUAGGGAGGCCAGGUAAUAAUGUUUAUUACUACAAACUAGUAGUGAUACUAAUAAUUAUUAGCAUUAACAUUACUAGUAAUGUUAUUAUACUAGGUGGUAAUGUCAAUACUCUGUAAAAAUGUUAGGGCAUAAAACAAAGAAAAAAGAUUAAAAGAGAUUAGACCCAUAAUAUUCAAUCCAUACUUUACAACUUAGGCCUUGGCAGAAUGCAGUGUAUUUAGCUUAACCUUGGUCCUGGAAUGGCUAUCUCACUGCUUUGUGCUGAUGUUUUACUCAUCUGACCAAAUUGCUUAUGGAGAUAAAAGGAGGCACCAGAAAUGCAAUAUUGUACCAGGACCACCAGUAGUUUGUAUAACUGUAGACUAGAAACUAAACAAAAACUAAAAUGUAACCAGUUUUAGGUUAAGAGACUCUUGAGUAUAGGUCAUUCUAAUCAGGGAUGCUAGGAUCUGCCAAGCAGAUGAGCAAAAUCAGGAAAAUUAAGGAAAAAUCCUCCCGUAGGAAAGCAAGUACACUGAUUUUUUUGUGAUGUAUGGUUUCUAUAAGGGACUUAACAGCUUUUGACCUUUACUCAUUCAGGACUACCAACCUGGGCAAACAAAUUACAAGACUUGAUUCAAUAAAGCAAAUGAUUCUUUCUUGUGUCUUGAAACCUAACAUGUCAUACUCCUUAGCUCUCUAGGAUGGAGAAGUUGCACACAUGGGAUUUAAGGUUACUAUAAAGCUCUAUUUAAGAUGCCCAAAUUUCAGCCUAGCAUUUAUAAAGAAGGGCCUGAAAAGAAAGAAAAAAAAACACAAAUAAGAUGAAAAAAAUAAAUUAAAACUAAACAAAAUAAAGAAAAGGAAGGGGAAAAAUGAGCUUUCUCUCAGAGGAAAAGUCUAAUCUCAAAUUAGUUCCCAGAGUAUGUGGAGCUCUCCCAACAGGGAUUAGGUUCCUAAUCUAUGGGCCAAUUGAAAGACCUCACCACACAUGCAUGCACACAAACAUGCCUAAGUGAAAAGCCAAACUGCCUUGAGUGAAAAUUCUAACACAUAAGACAAUCCCAUUUGGGAUAACAGUUUCCCCUAAUGGAUUGUGUACCAGUGUAUAGAGCAAGCCAAAUAAAGGCCCAGAAUGCCUCUACAGGUCCCUACAACACAUAGAACUCUCCAUUUUCUCCACUGGAUCCCUUCAACAUUAACAGGACAUUCCAAAUGAAAGUCCAAACCCAUCCAAUUAUAAGACAAGCAUACUAGCUCAAAAAGAAAGCAUGCAAAGUGAGAUGAGCCCCAAAUAGUGUAGGGCUCCAAAAGAGAAUUGUGUUCAAGGUUGAUGAGAGUCAGUCCUUCAGAUCCUGGAAGAUGUCCCCAAAUGUAACAACUAAUUUUACAGGAGCCUGUAGGGUCCCUCUUUCCACUCAGGGCAGCAUGCUUUGGCCUCUGACCUAUGAAGUCAUUUGUGGUCACUGCACUGAUCACAGCCUUUGAGUCUUAAAAGAUGUUGUUCUUUAUGGUGAUAUAGUUAAUGUAUAAAUUAUUCUCAAGGUUCUGCUCAGUUCACUCUUCAUCAGUCCCUAACUAGCUAUUAUUAUCAUCUGAAUCCAUCCCUUUUGCCAUUUCUUACAGCUCGAUAAUAUUCCAUUACAUUAAUAUAGCAUAAUUUGUUUAAUCAUUCCCUAAUUGAUGAGCGCAUGCUUUGUUUGAAGUUUAUUGUUGCUACCAAAAGUACUGCUAUGAAUAUUUUUAUACAUAUGAGUCCUUUCACUGCUCAACUCUGACAACAAAUGACCAAAGAGUCACAAAAGUUUUGCAACCACUGUUAACUCUAAAAAUACCAAAGAGCUCACACAGGUUAUCACGACUACAGUUAACUGAAAAAUAAAAUAAAGCAAAAUAAAACCAAAGAACUAACAAUGAUCAUAAGCAAAAAAAAAUCUUCUUUAUUCCAUUGGAGGUAGGAAACUAGAUGCAUGUGCCAGGACCUCCUCUAGUUAGGAGACCCACUUUUGUGUGGGAAAAUCUCAAUUUGUAUAUACUGGUGACCAUGCAGUGAGUUGUAUCCCUGACAAUGAGGGGUAAUGGCGACAAUGAAACAAGUUUGAUUCAUAGCAGGGCUUCAUGACCAGGACAUGGGUACUAUAAGUACUUGUCCCAGCUCAGAGACCACCUGGUGCUGGUGUGAAACAGUUCUGUGAUUUUUCUGUGGCUGAGUUCAUCUGGAGGAUUAGUGCAAAGAAUUGUUGUUUUGCCAAAGCUCAGAGCAUAGCUUGCUUCCUGGGCUUCAGCCCUGGAAGAUAGGGUGUUUCCUAAUACUAAAAAGAAAGGAGUUAAAAGAGAGGGGUGAUCUUGGCAUGGGGAUCCUGAUACCCUCUUUGAUCUUUUUGAAGUACAGGCUUAAUUGUGGCAUUGCUGAAUCAAAGCAUAGGCACAAUUUAGUGUGUGUGUGUGGGGGGGGGGUUCAGUAUAGUUUUAAAUUGCUUUCUAUAAUAACUAAACCAGUUCACAACUCCAACAAUGGUUCAUUACAAUGCUUAAUCUCCCAUGUACCCUCCAACAAUUGUUUGUUUCCUUUUUUGGUCAUCUUUGCCAGUCUGAUAAGAGUGUGGUGGGACCCUAGGGUUUUCAUUUACAUUUCUCUUAUUAGUCAUUUCAUACAUUUUUUUUCACAUGGUUGUUGAGAGCUUGUUUUCAUUCUUUUAAGA